CCGCACAGCACGAGCACACGGUAGUCUGUUUCAGCACGGGACAGAUCCUCUGCACUUCAUUACUGCAAUAUGGCGAGAGAGUUUCAUAACCUUCAGGAGCUGAGGCACAAUGCAUCGCUGGUCACCAAGGUGUUUGUUCAGAGAGACUACACUGAAGGAACCGUGUGCCGCUUCCAGGCCAAGUUCCCCUCCGAGCUCGACAACAGGAUUGAGCGAACCUUGCUCGAGGAGACGGUGAAAACGCUGAACUCUUAUUAUGUGGACGCAGAAAAAAUUGGGGCCCAGUCGUACCUGGAAGGAUGUCUGGCCUGUGCAACAGCUUACAUCGUCUUCCUCUGCAUGGAGACACGCUAUGAGAAGGUGCUGAAGAAGAUAUCAGGAUACAUCCAUGAGCAGAAUGAGAAGAUCUACGCUCCUCGAGGUCUGCUGCUGACAGAUCCCGUAGAGAGAGGAAUGAGAGUUCUGGAGAUCAGUGUGUUUGAAGACCAGGGCUCGGGCAGCUCCAGUCCCAGCAGCAGCAUGUCAUCGGCGGGCAGCAGUGCUCGGUGACUGGAGGGUCAGCGCCAGGAUUACGGGUUCCACCACAGGGGCAGCGGGACGCUUACCAACAUCCGCAUGCUGAAACAUGAGAGCACCAGGUUCUGAGACAGGUGGAGAGCAUAAAAGACGAGGAGGUGAUCCACAGCAUUCACACUCUCCCUGCUUGGGCCUACAACCUCGAGAACAGGAUCUGGCUUAUACACGGGAUAACAGAAUAAAAACUAGUGCAGUAGCCAACUCUCAUUAAGGGAACAUCUCUCACUCUCCAAUAGCUAUCCAAACCGACAAACUCAUGAUUUACUUUCCUCCUAUUUUUCCAUUCGCCUUUUCUCUCAUUCCAUCUUGUCUGUUUCCAUGAGUCACCAGCAUCUCUGUCGAAGGGAUGAUUCAGCGGGCUUAAUCUUGAUUAGGCUGGAUGGCAAUGCUUGAUUGUUUUCACAAGGGUCUCUAUCACUAGUAUAGUCUUAGGUCUGUGCAGCAGCUCUGAAAUCUGGAAGGAGGAAAGCGUCCUGGGGGAGCCAUGUUCCCCUGUCUCGCUGAAUGAUUGUAUUCACGUCAGGUGGCUGGCAUCAGGCUCUUUGAAUUCUGCUGUGGGACCCUCUGUUCUCUAUGCUCUGUUCACACACAUUUGGCUUCAAUAUCAAACGGCAAACAAAGAGCACCUUGGAUUAUUUAUCUUUCUUGUUUACAGCAGUGGACGGUAGUGAUCCACAUCACAGCUGUAGGUUACAUAAAGUCAUACGAAUGUACACAACCAUGACCAAUUACUCAUACAGACACUAGCAAGGGGACAUGAAUGCACACGCAUACACACACAGGGCUAAGUGUUCCUACACACAGAUCCUGGCAGGUGUGGAGACACAUUUUUCUGUGGUCUCAGCUCAUUGGGAACGCAAGCAAACCCAGGCCCUGUUUGCCUGCUCUAGUUUCCCUGGUAGUGUGUACAUGGGUGUCUGUGUGUAUCUGUGUCAUCAGUCCAAGCCUUACUGAGUAUAAGAUUAAAGCCUGUUUCGUUAAAAAGACGUCAAAGACUAAAGAUCACUGUCUCUAAUGAGAACUGACGACUGGCAUCUUUGAUUCAGGGAAGAGAAAACAGUGUGGAAUGAUGUUUCUACAGCGGGUUGUGGUCUGUCUACACUGCUAAUGUAGAUGCAAAUACAUUUCUAAUCAUACAAAUACAAAAAGACAUUCAGCCAUAAUAUAUUUGUUUCUGACAGGCACAGGAAAUACUAAGAACAGAGCGCGAUUUAAAAUGUCUUUAUCAUCAGAGUAUUCCGCUUCAUUGAUGCCAUCUGUCAUUUGUUAUCAGAAAUGUUGGGGUUUGCAGUUAUUGCUCCCUCUAGGGUCCGACAGAGGAAAUUCUGCGAUUCCCAAAUGAUAAAUCCUUAAAACGAUUGAGUGUAAUGACAAUAGUGGAUUAAAUAAUUUCUCUCUCCUUUAAUGAAACUUACCUUUGAAACCACUACUCAUCCACCCUGCAGGCUUGUUUUUAAAACAACCUCCGCAGUACACACGAGACAAUGAGAAGCAUGGCAUUGAGACAAUGAGACAACGGGAAGCAUAUUCUGUUUUGUCUUUUGUGGGAAAUAGUACAUCCUGUCUGGCUUCUGUGUGAGUGGAGGCUUACAAGACAAAAGAUCAUCACCAUGUAGCAAAAAUAUUGAUACCAGCCACACAACAUCAAGACAUCACUUGAAAAAACAAGCUCUGUUUGAUUGUCUAGAUUUUUUAUUCCAUGUUCCCACAGUUUGUGUCUUUUACCAUUUUCUGUUUUGUUUUCUUUAAUCUCGCCUCAUAACAUCAUGUUUAAAUCAACUCUGGGAGUGUAGCCCUUUUCCUUUACUUUAGCCACAAAGUUAGCUUUGAUCAAAACCACCCACUUGUCAGGUUGAAGUUAAACCGCUCACUGGAAAUUUGUUUUAGAAUUAAAGAUGUUUUGCUGUAGUGGAUCAUUUAAUUUCGACCAGACCUUUUCCUAUCUGAAUGAGAUGAACCUCCAAAUACUUUUUACCGCAGCAGUGGAGUGCCGUUGUGCUUGUGUUCAGCCUCCUGUUCUUUUUGAUGCCUUCAUGUUUCAUGCCAGUGGAAUGGAUACCCAACCUGGGGCUGAUAGAUUGAAUAAAAACUGACUUAACAGUGCCAAUAAGCAAGUAAAGAAGCUCAAUGGACAAUGUAUAAACCCGAAUGCGUGCACACAUUGAGUGUGUAUGAACUGUACAGAAGAAGAACUUUGAAUUGUACUGUACAUGUAAAGAUAAGAAGUGAAAGGAAAUGCCAUAAUGCUAUUUAAUUCCAAAACAUCACUGUUGCCCAGUAUUAGUCCCUCAAUACAUUUUCAAUGUUUUGAUAUCCUCUCUAGUUUGGGCACCAAGUGACAGAGCAGCUAUGAAAGCAUAUCGUCUGUACAGCUGUGUGCUGCUGGGAAUCAUCUGUAAAAAUGAAGAUAACAAUUAGUUAUGUGAAAACUGUCGAUAAUGUAGCUUAUGAUAAUGUUAGUAAUAAUAACAAUGUUAGUUGUUAUUGCAUAGUGGGUGAUGAUGAUCCUCAGGGGGAAGUCUGUGUGCCAAAUUCAAAGCAUAAAGCUCUUUAAAUGAUAUGUUAAAAUGUACAAAGACAUGUAAAGUUGUACGUUAAACAAAUCUGAACCUAUCCUUUAAGGCUGUGGUAAGAAAGAAACACAGUGUCCCAUAUUUGAAGGCUUUAUUCUUUCAAAAGCAAGUUAUUUGAUUAGUGAAGAGAACCGAGGGAGUGAAGGUUACAAUAUUUAAUGUAUUCUCAUAAAAAGAUGUACAUUGAGAUUAUCACGGAGCAGAUUAAAUGUUGAGUCUUGAUCCUCUAUCAUGCUGACUAUCAAGAUAACCUCUAUGCCAACCCUUGUCUUUAGAGGAGAAACUUGUGGGCCAAGUGAUGAUGUAAAGUACAUUUUUGUAUGUUAAUUCCCACGUGUCAUAUUUAUCUUGUACUGUAUUUGAGAGUGCAGAACUGUUGAGUCCCCAGUAAUGUAUGUAUGCUAGACUGUGUCAAGAAAGAGAUGAUUUAUAUUGCAAUAUAAUAUCUUCCUCAAAGUGUAAAAGAUUAUGUUUAGUGUUGGUAUCAGCCUCUUGGAGUUGCUUUGAGUCCUGCAUUGAUGUAUAAUGCUGCAUGAUGUGUGUGUGUGUGUGUGUGUGUGUGUGUGUGUGUGUGUGUGUGUGUGUGUGUGUGUGUGUGUGUGUGUGUGUGUGUGUGUGUGUGUGUGUGUGUGUGUGUGUGUAUAAACACAGCGAGUGCCAGAAGUGAAAUCCCUGAGCAACAAAACCCAGAUUGGUGGUGCUAAUAGGAGAGAGGAAUUGAUAUCUUAUCUUGAUGCUAUUUAUGUGUUUGAAUCAAGUUAUUUAUUUGCUGAAAUGGAUUCAUAUAUUUUCUUUUCUCUUAAAGCCGAUUAUUAUUCAAAGCCUGUGGAGAAGAGUUUCAGCUGUCUCCAUGAGAUGAAUAAAGUGUCUGGAGAAGUAAAAUGGAAGAGGA